AUGCGAUCUCACCUAUCUCGUAGUCUUAUUUCGCCCCUCAAACGACAGACUAUCCCCACCCGACCUGCACCACCAUUUUGCUUCUCCCGAUUUUUGUCCUCAACGCGCAAGCCUCCUCAUUCGAAGACGAGCACCAGGAUUCUUAGGGCUGCACCGACCAUUCCAUUCUUCGGUGCCUUCUUCAGCUCCAACCCCAGCCCCGAGAAAGCAACCGAAGCCAUGUCGCCACCCGACCAGAGGAGCGAAGCCGAGUGGAGAGCUGUUUUGAACCCAGAACAAUUUCGUAUUCUCCGUGAAAAGGGUACCGAGCGUGCUGGUACUGGUGAAUACGAUUCCCACUAUCCGUCCAAAGGCGUCUACAAUUGCGCUGGUUGCAAUGCGCCGCUUUACACUGCCGACCACAAGUUCAAAUCUGGCUGUGGUUGGCCAGCAUACUUUGAUUCCAUCCCUGGUGCUGUGACUAGGCAUGUUGAUAGCACAUUCGGCAUGAAGCGGACAGAGAUCGUGUGUAGCAACUGUGGGGGUCACCUUGGCCAUGUAUUCGAGGGUGAGGGGUAUCCGACUCCCACGGACGAGCGUCAUUGUGUGAAUAGUGUUAGUCUGCGAUUUACAGAAGAUGCCGGUGCAGCUAAGGACCCUCAGGCGAAGGUCUAA